CUCAUUAACUGCCUUUAUACAGCGAAACGUCCCACCGGUUGAGACAUUCUUCACAAAGUCUUAGCAUCAUAGCAGACAGGGAGUUGAUAUGAUAGUCGUCACUUCCUGCCCCGUUGGUCCGACCUGCAAAUGGGUGGUAUAAUAUGUAAGAGAGGACCCCGGAUCGCCCACAACAUAUCGGGGAAAGAAUCAUUAUUCAUGACAAGUUCCAAUGGCAUGAGGGCAGUAAAUCAGGGAGGAAAGCUGUCCCAGGUGGGGUCAGGCUCUGGCACGGACUUACCGGACUUUAUUGCUUUCUCCGACCCCACUGCUAUAGUCAGAACUAUAUCGUCUUGAUUCUUCUGCUGCAGAAGCUGUCAAGUACAUAGCUUCAACCUUGCAUAGUGUGCUGUCCCGCUUGCCCCAAUGGCUGAUCCUCUGCCUCCUCGAAUGAGCGACACUCGCACUGUUGUCACCGGCCACGAUGAAAAAGGCAACGCAAUCAUAUUGAAAGACACCUCCAACCAGGCAACCCCUGUCGGCGACGGAACGUUCUUGAAUGCACUAUGGUCUUCAAGUGACACUCCUGCUCGCAUUGACGGUGAUGCGAACAAGGUCCCUGAUCCCGCAGAUGGAUUCAAAGGGAAUGUUUUCAACACUUACGACAUUCCGCCCCGCUAUCAAGGCCCCAUGCAUCGCACUGUCACAUUAGAUUAUAUCGUGGUUCUCCGGGGGCAGGUGGUUCUGACUUUGGACGAUGGUAAGCGGGUUACUUUCGCUGAGGGGGAUACGACGGUACAGCGAGGCACGAUGCACAGUUGGGCGAAUGAGUCGGAUCAGUGGGCUCGACUUGUUUCGGUUAUGCUUCCAGCUAGACAGCUGACUGUGGAUGGAAAGGCUUUGGAGCCGUACUGGCCGUUCUAAUUGCAUAUUUCAGCAGUAAAUCAUCGACUCGAUACUCAAAAAAUGACGUGCAGUUUGCAAACCAUCUCGAUCAAACGAUAGAAGGAAUAU